GGCGUUUCACGGUGCGCGGCGCGAGGUAUCUUUGGAGAGGAAGCGGCAACUGAGGGACGAUCUAGCAGCAAUUGAGAAACGCAUGUAGCAUGGCAGAGAGGGCGUUGGAAGUGGAAGCGCGACUCAAGGAAGCGGCCGCCACCGUGGUUGGCCUCAAGGACAAAGUUUGCUGCCUCGAGAAGGACUACAAGGCCGCAAAGUCGCAAGCCGGAUCCAAGAGUAACUCGCCGCCACCCUCGACCAGCACCACCACAAACGUCGUCGACAACCACGACAUCAUCAAGGAGCGACUGGAAGUCGCCGAGGCACAGCUCGCGCACGACUCGGACCUCGUCUCCAAGCUCUACCACCGCGUCUGCGUCCUCAACUCCAGCUUAGUGGAGGCCAAGAACAAAGGUGUCCAGCAGCAGCAGGGAUCAUCCGCCCGAGCCAUCACCGCCACCUCUCCAAGGCGGCUCUACGUGAAGCUCCACCGCCAUCCAAAGGCCGGCUCUUCCUGCGAUGGCAGCGCCAAGACGAGCCCCCGAGAUGGCGAUCCGAAAGAUGGUGACAAUGUCGCGAGUACCUCGGCCGGGAGCAGUGCCGUGACAAGCCCACGCAGCGAUCAGCUCGCAAACGCCUCGGCGGAGCUGCCGCGGCCGCUAAACGACCAUGAGGUGGACUGGAUCCUCCACGUUUGCGGGAAGAACUUCGAGGACGUCGGGAUCAAGCUCUCGGACGCCAACGAGAAGCUUAUCUCGCAGCUGCGAGACCGGGUGAGAGUUCUCACGGACGAGGCCAAGAAGGACAGGACUCCGAGCCCCGGGAGGAGGAGUCCGGAGGGAACCACGACUCCGCCCCGGUCUGGAGUUAUGUCUCCCGCGGCGGCAGUGUCGCCAUUCCAGCCUUCUCCAGGAGUGAUCAACAUUGGAGAAGCUCCCUCGGUCACCGUCCAGAAGAUGGAGGACUCGCUAACGCAGGUCCAAAAUCGGUGCAAGGCUUUGGCCGCAGGUAUGGUGUGGAAUCAUCCAUCGCUCAUCUCUCUCGAGCUUUGCAAGGUUUGUGCCUCGAUCUUUGUUCUUGCAGAGAUUGAUUACAUGGAGAAGAAGAAGGCCGCGGCUGUAGAUGCGAUCAAGACUCUAGACGCUGCCAUCUCUGAGAAGCUUCCCCUUCUCAAAUCCGCAACUCUGGAUGCGAAGAGACUGAGAAGAUGUCUCAAGCGUUCCGAGGAGGAAGAAGAGCCCAUCAAGGAGACGAGGCUUGCCAACCUGAUCAAGUUGUUCAAGAAGCCCGAUAAGAACAUUGAAAAGUACUUGAUCAACAGGAGAGGAAACAAGUUUGAUGUGUAAGCAACGCUAU